AUGUUGCCAUGUAUCAAUACCAUCAAGGAUUCUAGGCUUACCUUCCAGGAGAUUCUUCUGGCAGCAGCGCUGAGGGCCAUUGCUGGUCCACUGGUGGAUGCAAAUCCUUCAGAGGAGCCCCAGAGGCCCCAGGUGUUUAGUGGAGCUUCACAGCAGCUGGAAGGUGCCGGGCAAAUUCUUGGAGCCACGAUUGAAGCAGCAGGUCCAGGUGAAGCAGGACAAAACCACAGCAGUGAUGAAGACCAGGAGGAAAAUCAAAGCGCUUCAGGGCGAGAGAAUGAUGUGUCAGACCCAGCUGGACAGACAGCUCCUAUGUGCCAGCCGCUCCUUGAGCCACCCAGUGCCAUCAUCAUUGGUCCGGGGGGUCCCAACCGUCUUCAGUGGCACAUUGUUCCAGAUGGGGUGGCCAAGUUUUGUGAAUUGCGUCGCUUUCAUUCCAACCAUCCCCAACCUGUCUACCUCCUGCCAGGAAUUUGCCCUCACAUGGUGGAAGAUGCAGACGCUGGGCUGGGCAUGUGA